AUGGGCAAGAAGCGCAACCGAGUCACUAUCAAGUUUGUUCGGUGCAGAGCCGACUGCGUCAAGGAGAGUGCGCGAAAGGCUGGCUGGCGACGAUGCAGUAAAGGUGAUGACACCUGGGAUGUGGCAUGGUCCGACAGCCCGGCGGUGGUCUUCAACAGCGUCUUCCGUAUGGAGCCCUUCCAAUGCAUGAAUCAUUUCCCGUUGAUGCAGCUUAUCUGCCGCAAAGACAUGCUCGCACAGCAUCUCCAAGCAAUGCCUCAGUGCUGUCCACGCUUCGGGACCGAGGGGUUCCGCUUCGUUCCGCAGACAUGGGUGUUGCCAGGCGACUUCCAGCGCUUUUGGGCCGAUGUUCGCCAGAGCUUUGGCACCUCACAGGACGAUAUACGGGUUGACCGAGCCCGAAGCGCAGGGAAGAAGCGAGCCUGGUCUCGAGGUACAUCCGCUGACGCGACUAGCUCCGACGACUCUGAUGACGAGGAGGGGGCCUUGACGUUCAUUGCAAAGCCACGGUCUGGUGCCCGCGGUGUCGGCAUUUUUCUCUUCCAGGUCCGAGCCGCUGAUGUGCGUGGUGGCGCAUCCAGCGAUGCUCUGCGACGUGUAAUGGAGCCGAGAAGCAAGUUCGUCGUCCAGAAAUUCUUGAGCAGGCCUAUGCUGAUUGACGGCUACAAGUGGGACAUGCGCGUGUAUGUCCUCGUCACAAGCGUCCACCCACUCACGGUUUACCUGUACACCGACGGCUUGGCACGUUUUUGUACAGAUCCAUAUGAACCGCCAGCUUCUGACAACCUGAGCGAUCGUGAGAUGCACCUGACCAACUUUUCGAUCAAUUACGAGAGUGAUGCGUUUGAAGACACAGAAGAUGGGGCUACGGGCAGCAAGCGUUCAUUGCGAACUGUGCUGGACAGCUGUGUGGCGGAUGGUCAAGCCGUUUGGACGGAGAUCGCGACGUGCAUUCGCAAGACGCUCUUGGCCAUUGGCCCGAAAAUGCAGGAGAACUAUCACAGCUACUUCGGGCGCACUCGCCCGUGUUUCGAGGAGGGAUCUGGCUGCAGAAGCGCGUGCUUCGAAAUUCUUGGGUUCGAUUUCAUCCUGGACGAAGAUGAGAGGCUUUAUCUGCUGGAGGUGAACUCAGCACCAUCCCUCUCCACACCAACAGCAUUGGACGAGGAUAUCAAAAGCAGCAUGCUCGGAGAGGCCUUCCGGCUGCUUCGCAUGGACGGUUCCGCAAAAGUGCGGCACCGUGAGAAGGCCCAGCAGCGGCUAGCAGACCGGCAACAAGAACACGUGGCGCGACGAGAGGAGCUCGCACGCUUGCGCGAAGAGAGGCUGAAGUGCUCCGUGGGCUUCCUUAGCUCCUUGGGCCAGAGGAAGUUGCCGCCCAUCGCGACCAGUCGUCACGAACCUGGCGAGGCCAGCACCGAGUCGCAGAUGCCAAAGACAGGAGGAGACAAAGUUGAUGAGGGCGACACUGCUGAAGACAGCGAGUCAUCAAGCGAUGACAGCUCAUCGGUGGAGGAAAGUGAUUGGGAAGACUACGAUGAUGAAUUCUGCUUCCUUGGCACACCAGUCAGCAGGAACUAUGUCCAGAUCCUUCCGUCUGCCGACAUGGAAACAGAUGAGUGGAAGGAGAUUCAAGCAGGAGCGGCGAAGCUCGCUCAAGGCUGGAACAUCAAUGCUCGACGCCCGCAGAGCCAACCAGCCUCAGAAGCACAAGGCACAGAGUUGCCAGCCUUUCGCUCGAUGGAGGCAGAACUUCCUGCAGAGAAAAGUGCGGAGAAGGGUGCCGGUGCCGAAGCUAGAGAAGCGCUAGAGGCAGCGACGAAGCAGCAUCUCUCCGGUGCAACGUUCAAGCGGAUAUCAAGCCAUGAAGACGUGGCUGACAACUUGAACGAUGACCCAACCACUCCUUACAUCUACUUCGAGAUCCCGGGCGACCUCAGCGCCAGAGGUCGGCAGAUCGAGCGGUUUCUGUAUGCCGCUUUGCCGAAUGGUGGCGGCCCGAGGAUACCGAUUAACUUCGGUCGCCAGGUUGCUUGCCAACUUCUUGGCUGCGAGGACAAGGCCAAGAUGAGUGGCGAGCUUGGGCCUAGCCUGUCCCCGUAUGCUCAACCUGCAGUGCAGGCCGUGUUCUGCCACUUCGUAGUGCUAGACAAUGCAAGGCAUUUGGGCUUAGGCUUCGCUCCCACCCCAACAUGGGGCGAGUCGGAGCCAGCACAGUGUAGCAUUUGUAGCUGGAUGUCAUUCUGUGACCUCCACGAGUGGUUCCUGGACAAUGGUGGCGAACUGGCUCCAGGUGUCCACGUAGCAGAUUCCGCUCUCGGCGGUCGUGGACUUUUUGCCUCCACCACGCUGUCAGCGGGCUCCCAGGUUUUGUCUCUUCCUUUGGAAGCAUGCCUGUCAUCAGCAGACCCGAGUGUGGCAGACCUGCCGGUCAACUCGCUCUUCCGACUGACGGAGCUUCUUUGCGCUGAAAUACAGAAGGGUGAUGCCUCGCGAUGGGCUUGUUGGUUUCGAUCCCUUCCUCGGGAGUGCGGUAGCUGGCCCGAGUGGCGCGAGCCCGAGCUGCGGGCGGCACAGCGCGGCCCACCCGAGCUCUUCAAGGAGGCGGUCGAUCUGGCUCGCAAGCUGCCGCAGUGGCACAAGCAGCUGAGCCAGAUCUUGCCACAGAGCAUCGUUGCCGGUCUUGAUGACAAGGCAAGCUUCAGGCGAGCACUGGCCGUGCUGUUCAGUCGCCGCUUCGGCAUGCUCUGCGAUGACGCUAAGGUUGCUGUUUGUGUGCCACUGGGUGAUAUGAUCAACCAUGCCGCCACCGAAGCUAGCGUGGAGGUGCAGUAUGACCAGGCAUCGAGGCGGCUGGCAUUCGUGACCCAAGACACAGUCGCGGCUGGCGGCGAGCUUUUGAUUUGCUAUGGGCAGCUGGACAACCUGGAACUAUGCACAAGCCAUGGUUUCGUUCUACCCCAGAACCCCUGGGAUGGCAUCAUGUUGUCUGAUGGUGUCAAACUGACCCGAACAUCCCAGCUGCAACUUCCAGCGCUGACGGAGGUUCAGCGUAUGAUGGAGGACUUGCCUCCGAAAGAGGAGGAUGAUGGCGUGUGGACUGAUGAUAGCAGCUCGCAGGGCUGCCGCGCCAUUGCCAGUUAUCGGCUAAGCUACCGCCAGAUGCUGCAGCAACUGCUGGACAGCCCUGCACCUGGAUAG